GUUAUAAAUCUCUUCACGCUGUCAAGUUCCCUUGAAUCAACAUUUCUCGCGUGUAGCACGCAUUCCUCUUGACCCUCAUUUACAUGGUGCACGGUCCCAGGAAUCGUUACCUGUUUAUAUCUCUAUCAGGGGAGGGACGUUACACGGGGUGCACUCGUCAUACACUGCCGGACAGGCAUUGUUUACCGUGGAGUACUUGGUCCGUGCUGACAGCGGACAGAUGUAGCCGGGGGAGGGGUUCCGUGUCGCAGACAGGUAGAUCCGCGGGGAGUGGACAGGUACCUACGGCCAGCUGUGCAGUGCAGGUAGACAGGAGGGCGAGAUAGGGGCGCCUACACACCCGGGGAGCUGGUUGACGGGGGAGGAAUGUUCAUGAGCGUCACGUGACAGCGAGCAGACGACAUUGAGCUCGGCAGACGACAUUGCUAGAGUAGACGACGAGGAGAGGCUACGUCAAACGACUUGCAAUGAAGUUUGAUGACAUGUAGAAUUUUCGGAGAAGACGACACUGAAUAAAGCAGACGACAGAAGGAAGAAGAGCAGACGACCGCAGUAAUGGCGGACGCAGAGAUCCUCAACGCUCUUUCGGAGGGUCUCUGCAGCUGCGGAAUUUGCGGCCGUCCUCAGCGACGUCCUAAGGCUUUGCCCUGUCUACACUCUUUCUGCAAAACGUGUCUGAACGACCACAUCAACGGCGAGCUCGAACGAAACGGGUCCAAGUCUUUCCCUUGUCCGAAAUGCAGACAGACUACACUGCUUCCUUCCGACGGCAGGAGAGGGAGGUACGGCGAUAGCUUCAAGGAUGAUUCGUUUGUAAAUAAGCUCAGUGAGGUCUUGACCGCUUAUAACGACGACAAAUCCUGCGACAUAUGUGACAGAAGGGACGUGACGGCACCUGCAGUCAACUGGUGCAUGGACUGCUAUGACGCAAUGUGUGACGCGUGCGGCAAGGUCCACCUCCACGGGGCGACCACCGCUGACCAUGUCGUCAUUUCCGCUGACGAGAUGCGUAAACUUCCGCUGGAGAACGUCAUGAAGCGGAAGCGUAGUGUUCUGUGCGGGAAGCACGAAGGGGAGGUGCUCAAGCUGUUCUGCGUAGACUGUCGAGGUCCUGCGUGUGUCCAAUGUGCAGCGACGUCACAUAGAACAUGUAAGAACUGUGUAACGGUGGUGGAAGCUAUGUCUGAGCGGGAGGAGGAUUUAGGCGAGCUUAUCGUUCAGGCAGAAGCGCUGCAGCUCAACCCCGAGGGGAAACCCAGGGGACAGGCCUUGGGGGACUCGGGGGAGGUCUUGGAGGAGACCAUUAAGCGUUCAGAGGAGAGGAUUAAAUCCCUCUCGGCAGAUUUGAUCAAGAGGAUCGAAGAGAGCCAGAGCAAACUUCUCAGUCGUCUGAACGACUCGGCACAGAAGCUUCGUAGCCAACUAAACGGGUCCAAAAAAGGCCCCCCAAAAGACCACAUGACGACCCUAAAGUGCGCAAGUGAACGGAUGCAGGCUCUGCUCAAGUACGGAAGUGACGUUGAGAUCUUGCAGGUGUACGAGACUAUCAAAGACUCGAUCCAACAGAUAGGGCAGGAGGGGGACUCGACCGUGGAACCCCCUGAAGACAUGAUGGUCAGGGUCAACUUUGCUGUGACAGACCCUGUGAAACUGUUCAACAGGGACUUUGAGGAACUCGGUGAGAUUCAAAUCGAGGAUUGCAAUUCGGACGAAGGUCUCUCCUCGUGGGGAGUCGCCUGCACGUCGAAGGGGGAGAUAAUCGUGGCUGAUUGCCGGAACAAACGAGUUCAGAAGUUCACCGGUAAUGGCGAUCUCAUUGAUCAGAUCCAGAUCAGCGAGGAACCACGAGAUUUGACGAGGUGUGGCGACAGAGAGGAGGUGGCCAUUACCAUCAACAAAAAAGUAAUCUUCUUUGUCAUCACUGGUGGACAGAUGGCGCUCAAGAAGAGAGUGAGGACGGACAAACAGUACGACAGUAUCGAAAUGUCCAAAUCGGAAGACAGUUUGCUCGUCAGCUGUCUCAAAGAUGCUUCUGUGGAUCUCAUCAGCCUUGAAGGGGAGGUCCUGAAGUCCUUCAACGCAGAUGCUGAGGGCAAUCCGAUAUUCGUCCAACCACGAUACGUUUGCUUCACAAGGGAGGGGAACUACGCUGUCACCGACGUCACCAGCAACACCGUCAAGUGUAUAUCCCCCGAGGGUCAGCUUGUCUACGCCUACCACCCCGACGGCGCCCACGUCCUCAGAAAACCUCAAGGUCUCUGCGCUGACAAGAUCGGCAACAUCUUCAUCGCCGACUACGCCAACAGUCGGAUCCAGCUGAUCACCAGCGAGGGGUUCUUCCAGAGGUUUGUCCUGGCCAGAGAAAGUGGACUUUCUCGACCAGUGGCCAUCAACAUGACGUCCUCCAACAAGCUGAUUGUGGUCCAGAGUGACGGGAUGGUCAAAGUCUUCAGCUAUGAAUGACCCGGGCAUAUGAAGCCCCGCUUCAAAGUGACAUGUUGGUGCCCACACUGCCUCGCCAAGGAAGAACAGGAGGCGGCAGCUGCGCAGUAGACGCAUUCAAAGAAUUCUGGGAGAUUAUUGGCAUCAAGGCCCUGCUGUAGACGCUAUAUCAAGACGCCGUCAUAGAUUCAGAUGCUUGUAAUGUGCUCGUAGAAAACAUGACGUACUUCACUGUGUAUAUAUCAGUCACGAUGGCUUGUAACCUAGAGGACAAACUUGGCAGAUUAGGAAGUAAUAAACAUAUUGGCUUUACGAAAAAGUAGCAAAACCUCAUUGACACAUAGGUAGGGUUCUAAUGAAGAUUUGUAUAUCUGGAUAAGUGUAGAUUCACAGAAGAUAUAAAACUACAUAUACUGAACAAGAGAACCUUGAAUAUUUUUAGGGAUAUUAUUUAUGAAAUAAUGUACUUAAUCUACAAAAAAGGAUGUUUAUGUUCAGUAUAUUUGUAUCUUGGUAAGUAAUGGGUUUCAAGACCAUAACGAACACUGCUAGUCUUUAAUACAAACUAACGACCCCUAUUUGUUUUCCAAACAAGGAGACGGCGACGACAGUGUAGUCAUCACGUCAUCAACAACUCUUAUCGUGCGCCACCUGUUUACCUGUAGAAACUUAUGGCGGUUUAUUCAAACAAGUUACCCAAGAUGUAAUCAGCAGCUACUAGUUAUAAGGUAUAAUUUAAAUACAGAAUGUAAUAUGUUUUGUGAAAAUGUUUUGCAUGCUGUGUCUACACCAUGCAUAUAUCAAGUAAUAAAGCCGAGA